GUAAACAUUCCUUCUUCAGCCAUUACAGCUGUUUGCAGAUCCUGAAACGGAAAUGACUUCUACGGUGUGCUGAUUUAUCAUGUUUUCCUGCACGACUACUGAUGAAAGGUUUCAUCAGUGGCUUUCUGAAUCACAGUUAUCUUCAACCUUCAGAGUUAAUCAUUGCUUUAUAUAAUCGGCGUCGGCGAACAUCACAGGCUGCUUUCACUUUAUAAAACAAACCUACAUCGGUACGAUUGCCCUUUGCUUCAUUUUGACCCGCUGAAUUCAACUUUUCUGCAGCGACUGUCGACAAGCAGAAGAUGAACCCAAGUAGCGGAACCCGCAGCGGGAAGACUUUCCUGUUCACGUCCGAGUCUGUUGGAGAAGGACACUCCGAUAAAAUGUGUGAUCAGAUUAGUGAUGCUGUGCUCGAUUCGUACCUAAGUCAAGACCCUGACUCUAAAGUGGCCUGUGAAUGUGUGGCAAAGACUGGCAUGAUUUUACUAGUUGGAGAAGUAACAUCCAAAGCCACGGUAGACCUCCAGACAGUCGUGCGAAACACCAUUAAGAAGAUUGGCUAUGAUGACUCCUCAAAAGGCUUUGACUACAAGACCUGCAAUGUACUAGUGGCUCUGGAGCCGCAGUGUGCGGAGAUCUCAGACUGUGUGUUCGAAGGCAGGGAUCAGGAGGAUAUCGGUGCAGGGGACCAGGGCUUGAUGUUUGGCUAUGCCACGGAUGAGACUGAGGAGUGCAUGCCGUUGACCCUGCUUCUGGCUCAUAAACUAAACUACAGGAUGAAGGAGCUGUCGCGGAAUGGAGAGUGUCCUUGGAUACAGCCAGACUCCAAAUCACAGGUCACCGUGGAGUAUCGAGACAACAUGGGAGCCAUGGAGCCCCUGCGUGUCCACACUGUGGUGAUCUCAGUACAGCACAGUCCUGACAUCACCCUGGAGGAGAUCAGAUGCAACCUGAUGGAGAAGGUGGUGAAGGCUGUCAUUCCUGCCAAGUACCUGGAUGAUAACACCAUCUACCAUCUGCUGCCGAGUGGGAAAUUCCUUAUGGGGGGUCCACAGGGAGAUGCAGGACUCACAGGACGUAAAAUCAUAGUGGACACCUACGGAGGAUGGGGUGGGCACGGAGGAGGGGCUUUCUCUGGAAAGGACUAUUCCAAAGUAGAUCGGUCUGGAGCUUAUGCAGCACGUUGGGUAGCCAAGUCACUUGUCAAGGCUGGACUGUGCAGGAGAGCUCUUGUUCAGAUCUCCUAUGCUAUUGGUGUGAGCCAUCCACUCUCCAUCUCAGUGUUUCACUACGGCACAUCUAACAGAGACGAAGACGAGCUGCUGCAGAUCGUACAGAAGAACUUUGAUCUGAGGCCUGGAGUGAUUGUGAAAGAGCUGGGAUUGAAGAAGCCAAUUUACCAGGCCACUGCCUGCUACGGUCAUUUUGGCAGGAAGGAGUUCCCUUGGGAAAAGCCGAAGACUCUGGUGUUUUGAGUUUAGUGUUGAGUGUUUUCUAGUUGUGUCCUAGUAAAGUCCGUUUAGUGUCACAUAAUCAAUAAUGUCUAAAUUCACCUGUUUAAAUGUCUUCUCUCUGUUUAAGUGUCUCCUCAUUUCUGGCUUCAAACUGCAAAAGCAGUGGCCACCACCUUUUAUAACAAAGAUUAAUUACUAUUUUUUUAAUUAGAAAAAAGAAACACAUUGAUGUAUUGUUGUAUGAUGGUUACUGUAAAACAUCUGAAGAUAACUGUCACUUUUAUACACACUGUCAAAAUUCUGAAUCUAUAUCUGUACUAUACAUUUAUUGAUUAAA